AUGAAAGUGGACGAUGCGGACGCGCUCCGCGCCCGAGUCCUCGAGCUCGAGGUUCAGCUGCAAACCACCAAAGCCCUCCUUCGAGGCAUAGAAAGGUCAGGCUCAACAUCAACUACGGAAGCUCGUGCGAAUGGAGAAGGCCUGCUGUUGCCUCUGCCAGUCACCCUCCCAAUAGGCCACUCAAUGCACAACCUCAUGCUCCUGUCCGACUCAGCCCUUCCUCUCGGAUCAUUCGCCUACUCAAGCGGUCUAGAAUCUUUCUUGGCUCACCUCAAACAAGAACCCUCAACUCCUGGGCAGACAAAUCUGUCCCUUUUCCACAAGUUCCUCAAACUUUCCAUCCAGUCGAUGGCAUACACAAAUGUUCCGUAUGUUCUUGCUGCAUUUCGUGAUCCCUUGGCGCUCAUGGAUCUCGACAAUGAUCUCGAUGCGAGCACGCCCUGCAACGUUGCGAGGAGAGCGAGUGUUGCUCAAGGCCGUGCACUGUUGAGUGUUUGGGAGAAAGCUUUCGCUCCUGCUGCGAGACUGCAGCAUGAAGAAGAAGGGGAAGGGCUUGAAGCUGCUACCGCGCUUGAAGUCUUUGCUCGUGACCUAAAGCUUUCAGCUCUAUCUCCUGCCGGCGUUUCCAACAACCACCCUCACCAGAUUCCUGCAGUGAACGGACAUCUUGCUCCUCUUUGGGGUGUCAUCUGUCUUUCCCUAGGCCUCAACCUUGAAGAGUCAGGCUAUCUUUUCCUCCUCAACCACUCCAAAGCGGUCAUUAGCGCAGGUGUUCGGGCAUCCGUGAUGGGCCCUUAUAUGGCACAAAAUAUCCUCGCAUCCAAAGAAUUGCAAGAGCUAUUAGCUGGCUGUCUAGAGAAAGGCUGGCUCAUGAGACCCGAAGAGGCGGGACAAGUGGUUCCAAGCAUGGAUCUGUGGGUAGGAAGACACGAGUUGCUUUAUAGUCGAAUUUUCAAUUCGUGA